AUGGAGCUGCAGACGCCUUCGCAGGAUUCAGUGUCGUUCUACGACGACACGGGAAUUUACUGGGCCUUACAACUUGAAAAAACCGAAGAGUCAGUGCCGCUUGCACGGCUGCUGCUGGCAGCGAAGGCGGCCAGUUCCGGAGCAAUUGCCAUGGUCGAGCUGAAGGGUGCGGACACAGAGGCUGCACCUUGUUCCCUACGCUUAGCAGCAGUGUCGCACAGGAGCCUUUUGCAGUCCGAAACACAGGCUAUGGUUCCGAGCGCUUCUUCCUUCCUCCGCGAGCAGCUGGAGUCUGCCGAUGCCUGCUGGGGCUCAGGUGCAGCCCGCGCGUUGGAGGGGCAGCUCGCGGGUUCUGUCGCCCUCCUGGCGGUGCCGCCAGGUUCUCAAACCUCUCUUCGCUGUGAUGACUCAGUGCUGUUGCUGGAGGUCGUUGCAGAAGGUCUCUCGGAGGCAGACCGUCCAGUCGAGAUCAGCCAGGACACAAAACGACUUUCGGUCAAAGAGCGGAUGGCCAAGCUUGCAGCAGCUUCCCUGCCCCCCGGUGCCAUUGGCAUGAUGCCUUUGGCGGAAGGUGACGUUGAAGAGAAGGUUGGCCUUUCAAACGGGAGACCGAAGGAUCCCGUCCUUGCAGGUCCGGGUGUGUGCUCAAGCCCUCCCAGGCCUGCGCAUCCUGGGCCACUGCCUGUCAACCAAAGUGGCCUGCAGAAUGGACAUCCGUCAGCUGAGAUCAUCCGACAGUACUGGAGUGCGGUACAGGAAAGUGGGAGUGCGCCAUAUGCAUACCUUGGAGCUCUCCCUUUUGUGCCGGGCCUCACGCGAAUGCCUAUAGCCUCGCCGGCUGUGCACUCCACUCAUGGCGCGGCUGCGAUCGCUGAAACCGCGAAGGGCUUCGCAGGACCUGUGCCGCCGAUGCCAUCGAUGCCGAUGACUAUGCCGACAGGUCCUGAGGCCCUGGAGGCUAGAGUCGGAACGAUGGGCUCAGUGCCUUUGAGCAGCGUGUCGAUGGGUGAGUUCAUGGCGUCCAUGCGCGAUCUAGUUAGAGCAGAAGCCACGCCAGAAGGUUGGCAGGCAGAGCGGCAGAAGCUCGAGAGACGAGUGUCACUGCUGGAAGAGCAGCUUCGCUCAUCAAAGGUGCAUCAGGUCUCCGCUAAGCGUCCCAACGACAGCUUCAAGCCGGCGCACAGCGCACUCCAUUUUGGAGCUCGGUACACUACCCCGGUGCGAACACCGGCGGGAGUGCCUGCAGCGUAUCAGGGUGUAGAUGUAUCCAUCACUUUCAGCAUACGGUGGCAGUUGAGCCUGAAGGAUGGCGGAUCUGCCAUCAUCGGUCUCCCAACACGGGCCCCUGGGCAGAGCGCUCGGCUCCAGGAGCAGUGUAUUGUAAUGACCCGAUGUGGGAGUGUCGCCGUGAUGUACAACAAUGGAGAUCAAAGCAUAUGUAGCAUUGAAUGUUCUGAGACCCGUGCCAAAAAUUGGCAAAGUGACCCUCGGAGUGGCCAGCACCGGUGUGCGGUCUUUGCACAUCGUGUCCCCAACAGCAUUGUAUCUGGCAAGCUGGAGAAUGACAACUGCAUGGUCCUUCAGAAGACCGUUGGUGCAACGUUCUUGCCUGUGCCAUCUGUCCACGCAGGCUUGAAGGGUGUCUGCAGUACCCGAGGAGUCCAAGCCGCCCUGUCUCAGGUGAAGUACAAUGGGAGAGCUGAGAUCGCCUCGAUCUGCUAUGGAAACAGAGUCAGGGCCUGCCAGACGUCUGGACUGCCAUUCCCCCAAGAAAAUAAGCGGCCUGAGCUUCGAGAAGAGAUGCUGCAGGAAUUCGGCUAUAUCGUGUUGGGAUGCCGGCAUAGCCCAUCCACGGAAGAGCCUCGACCAGGAUGGAAGUCUGUAGAUGGUACAGGAUGA